CCCCACGAUAACGGCGCAACUAUACUCAGACAAGGCUGCAGCACCUCACGUGCGCGCCUAUCCUCCAUCCAGCUAGCCGCUGUGUAGUCGGCGUGCGGCGCCCCAUCACCACCUUCCUAAUGUGGCCUUACACGCUGCGCCCUCCGUUUAUGCGAAAUGAGAGGCGUAAAGGGCUGCGAAGAGAGAUACCGCGGCGCGUGAUAUAAUGAGCGCUUGUCCGCGGUUUGUUUGUCUGCUUUGUUGCGCGGUCUGCUACGAGAUAUUAGUGGUGUUGAACCUCGCCGUCGAGAUCCUGCACCAGUAAAGUCAAACCAUGAAGCGCUCCCACCUCGCCCCCCUCGCGGCUCUCGCGCACCACGCCCUCGCGCAGAACCACUUCCAAAGCGACUAUCGCACGGCCGCCGACUGCAUCGAAUUCGUCGACAUCACCGACCCGGUCACGCAGACCUGCGACUCGAUCAUGCGCGAAUGGGGCCUCGAACCACAGCGCUUCCUCGCCUGGAACCCGUCCGUCGGCAACCCGUGCGGGCCCCUGCAAAACCUAACCAGCUACUGCAUCCUCACCAACGGCUCCCUCGCCGACACCCUCAUGUACACCACCACCACCGUCUCCGAGGACUCCUACUACGCCUACACCCUGCCCCUGUGGAGCAUGACCACCGACUCCGCCGGCUACCGCAUCCCCGUCUCCCGCACCGACGUGUCCCUGCACCCCUGGCCCACGCGCGCCCCCGUCCCGGACCCCAAGUCCUGGACCGACAUGGGCUGUUUCCUCGACACGUGGGACGACAACUUCGACAAGCCCGCCGACCAGUGGCGCUGGAUCCUCGAGUACCGCAACGUGCCGCGCGAGCCCGCCGAGACGCUGGACAAGUGCAAGCGCAAGUGCUGGGCGCUCGCGUUUCCGAUCGCCGGCGUCAAGGGCGGGGACGAGUGCUGGUGCGGCGAGCGCAACAACGGGACCACUGCGGAUGCGGCAAGGUGUGAUGUGCCGUGUGCGGGCGACAAGGAGGUUAUGUGCGGCGGCAUGAACUACACGAGCGUGUGGGAGGCGGUUGGGUAUCAGAAAGACGGGGCGUCGGCGGUGUCGGGGUCCGCGGCUGUGUCGCUGGGGACGGCGGGCGCGACGGGCGCAACGGGUUCGGAGGCGACGGGCGGGAGUGCGGGUCCGUCGGCGACGGCGCGGUCCGGGGCUGCUCGGAAUGCGGCGCUGUUUGGGCGGCUGUGGUGAGCGGGUGGUGUGUGCAGUGAAGCGCGGCAGUGUUGGUGAAGUAAUUUCUAAUGCCAUCAGUGGGAGCGGUGGACCAGACCACGACAUGCGCUUCCAUGGUACCUUUUCUCUCGCACUUCAUAAGUGGCUCACACCUCUUUCUCUCCUCUCUGUCUCUACU